AAGGGAAGAGGAGAGAAGUUAUAAAUGAUAAAAAUGUAGUUGUGAAAAGGCUAAAAUGAGAAUCUGGUCUAUUUUCCUGGUUUUUCAGGGAAUACAAAGCACAAUAUCAGGGCGUCAUUCUCUGCAGUAUUUUUAUACUGCAUCGUCUGGAAUCCAUAGUUUUCCAGAGUUUGUGGCUGUUGGUCUGGUUGAUGGAAACCAGUUCAUGUAUUAUGACAGCAGCAUUAAGAAAGCGAUUCCCAAACAGGACUGGAUGAAGAAAGUCACAGAGGAUGAUCCACAGUACUGGGACUUUCAAACACAUAAGUUAUCAAGAACCCAGAUGUCCUUCAUGAACAGCAUCGAAGCUGCAAAGCAACGAUUCAAGCAAACUGGAGGUGUUCAUAUCUUCCAGAAUAUGUAUGGCUGUGAGUUUGAUGAUGAAUAUGAAGAUGUUCAAGGUUGGGAAAACUUUGGUUAUGAUGGAGAGGACUUCAUCGCAUUUGACCUGGAAACACAGAGAUGGUCUGCUCCAGUACAUCAGGCUUUAAUCACCAAAAACAAAUGGGACGACGACAAAAGGAAGACGGCACUGACAAACAACUACAUCACCCAAACUUGUCCUGAUUGGCUGAAAAAUUAUUUGGAUUAUGGGAAGAACUCUCUGCUGAAAACGGAUGUUCCUUCAGUGUCUCUCCUCCAGAAGUCUCCAUCCUCUCCAGUCUGCUGCUUCGCUACAGGUUUCUAUCCCAGCAGAGCUGAGAUGUUCUGGAGGAGAGACGAAGAGGAGAUUCAUGAUGGAGUAGAUAAACGGGAGAUUCUUCCUAACAAUGACAGAACCUUCCAGAUGAGCGUUUACAUCGAUCUGUCAUCUGUUCCUACUGAGGACUGGACAAAGUAUGAAUGUGUGUUUCAGCUCCUUGGUCUCAAAGAUGACCUUGUCUUCAAACUGGAGAAAACACAAAUACUGAGCAACUAUGGUGAGAAUAAAAUGAGAACUGAAGGAUAA